CGCAGGUGUAUUGGUUCAAGAGAAGUUUAUGACUGGAAGACUUGGGAGGGGGAGUCGCUAGUCUAGCUUCUCUAGAUCUUGCUCUCUUUUGUCAUCCCUGCAGCCCUUUAUCUUCAGGUUGAUGCUUCAUUUGCGGUAUCAAGUUGUGUGGAACUACAAAGUUAUCUCGUUUAUUGCUGUUGUACUACAUCACAAAUUAUCCAUCGGAGAUUGGCCUAAUAGCUAUGAAAUGGCAUGUUGCUUGUGUAAUGGUUCCAGCCAGCUCUCGUUGUCAUCCCAGACUCUUAUAAGUGGAUUUCUCGCUGUGAUUUCUGUGAAUUUUGUUAUUGCAUUAUACGUCAUUAUGGUCAUGAAGGAACCAACUAAUCAGGAGCCCCAGCCAGAUCCAACCUUCUUAGAUGAAGCCAGAAUGAGCAUAACCCAACCUUCUCGUUCAGUGGCCAGUGAAAAUUCUGAAACCCGUGAUAAGGUGGAGAAGUUGGAACAAAACUAUCUUACGGGACCCUUGCCGGCAUUUAUUGGAAAUUUGACAGCUUUGCAAACCUUGGGGAUAGAUACAAAUAAAUUUAAUGGUUCACUUCCUUCAGAGCUUGGAAACCUGACCAACCUACAGCAAGUGUACAUGGAUAGUUGCGUAGCAAGUGGUGGGAUCCCCCCAACUCUAGCCAACCUCAAGCAACUAUCUUGUGGGCAUCUGACAAUAAUUUCACUGGCAGAAUUCCAGACUUCAUUGGGAGUUGGACAAAUCUAA